AUGACGGCUGCUUACGAGUUCGACUAUCCUCCUUCCUCUCCAAGGGAACUGGCAUUCCGUGAAGAGAAUUUUCAGGAAAACGCGCCACGUGACUUCAGUAAAAGAUCUUUUUCAUCAGCAUUCAGCAACGAGGGUAAGCUGCCAGAAAAUGAUGGUAAAAAAAAGAAACGAGAUGCAGCAGUUGCUACCGAUGACUCUGAGGAAUCAGACUCCGGUGAAGAAGGAAUCAGCAUAGAAGAACUAAAGAAAACAACCGGAUGGAAGUUGUUAAUGAAGAACUUGAAUAAACAUUUCAAGCCCAAGGACUUUGACAGUCAGUGA